CGAGUCGUCUUCAUCUCGUCCGACGCUUCAACCCGCACCGAUCCUGCGCCACCCCUUCGCCGGCGGCUUCUCCCCUCCUCUUCCUCCGCCGCUGCAUCGCCGUCCCAGGAACUUGGACACGUCGCCUCUCGCCGGCGACCAUGUACCGCGCCCUCCGCUCUCUCAAGCAUCAUGGUGCUAGUAGGUUUGCUAGUACAAGUGUUGUGAAGCAGUCUUCAGGUGGUCUGCUUGGCUGGUUUCUUGGUGGUAACUCAAGCCAGCUUCCUCCGCUUGAUGUUCCACUCCCAGGCGUUAUAAUUUCUCCACCUCUGCCAGAUUUUGUAGAGCCAUCUAAGACAAAGAUCACCACUCUUCCAAAUGGCAUCAAGAUCGCAUCGGAGACAUCACCGAUUCCGGCUGUAUCAGUGGGACUGUACAUUGAUUGUGGUUCUGUUUAUGAGACAUCUUCUUCAUCUGGAACAUCACAUCUAUUGGAGAGAAUGGCCUUCAAGAGCACGACAAACCGGAGUCACUUGCGGUUAGUUAGGGAGGUAGAAGCCAUUGGAGGAAAUGUCUUUGCAUCUGCUUCUCGCGAACAAAUGAGCUAUACUUAUGAUGCACUGAAGUGUUAUGCACCAGAAAUGGUUGAAGUUCUCAUCGACAGUGUGAGGAACCCAGCAUUUUUAGAAUGGGAGGUCAAAGAGCAGCUCCAGAAGAUAAAAUCUGAAAUAUCUGAAGUGUCUGGUGAUCCACAUGGUCUACUUAUGGAAGCGCUCCAUUCGGCUGGAUAUUCUGGGGCUCUGGCAAAACCUUUGAUGGCUUCAGAAUCCGCGGUGAACAGAUUGGAUGUUGCUACCUUGGAGGAAUUCGUUUCUGAAAACUACACUGCCCCCAGGAUGGUACUUGCAGCAUCAGGAAUUGAGCACGAUGAGUUGGUUUCAGUCGCAGAACCACUUCUAUCAGACCUUCCCAGUGUGAAACGUCCUGAAGAGCCAAAAUCAGUGUAUGUAGGAGGGGAUUAUCAUUGCCAAGCAGAUUCUACAAGUACACACAUUGCACUUGCCUUUGAGGUUCCAGGUGGCUGGCGUCAAGAGAAAACUGCAAUGAUUGUGACUGUGCUUCAGGUGCUCAUGGGUGGAGGAGGGUCCUUCUCGACCGGUGGCCCUGGGAAAGGAAUGCAUUCUUGGUUGUAUCUCCGUGUCUUGAACAAUUAUGGACAGAUCGAAUCAUUCUCUGCUUUCAGCAGUAUUUACAACAAUUCUGGCCUUUUUGGAAUACAUGCAACCACUAACCCAGAUUUUGUAUCAAGUGCUGUGGAUUUGGCAGCAAGGGAACUCCAUGAAGUUGCAACUCCUGGAAAAGUUACACAAGAACAACUUGAUCGUGCUAAAGAGGCUACCAAGUCUUCAGUUCUGAUGGACUUGGAAUCAAGAAUCGUGGCCUCUGAAGAUAUUGGAAGACAGGUACUGACUUAUGGUGAAAGGAAACCUAUUGAGUACUUCCUGAAAACUGUUGAGGAGAUCACUUUAAAUGACAUUUCUUCAACUGCAAAGAAGAUUAUUUCUUCGCCGCUUACAUUGGCAUCAUGGGGUGAUGUUAUUCAUGUGCCUAGCUACGAAUCUGUCAGGCGCAAGUUCCAUUCCAAGUGAGCAUUCAGCACCUGGACCUGCGUGGGUUGUUCUGGAAUUUCAAGCCGCAGCUUUGCAGUGGCCAAAUGGCCAUCGACUGGAAUAAAUAGAGCCCAUACACAAUUUUUGCUGGACAGAUGAGGGGUGCAUGAUCAACUACCCUCCCUAUUCAUGUUCUCAACUAAGCAUGUGAUCAUGCUGCCACAAUUCCGCGGCCCCUAAAUCAUUCGGCGGCAUGCUGCGUUUUGUUCAGUGGCAUGCUGCGUUUUUGUUCAGACGCACGCCAAUAUCGUCCUUCCUGUUUUACAUUUUAAUAUAGAAUCAGAUGUUAUGGCCUCAUGGUUAAGCCAUUUGCCUAUUCAUCGGUGUCAGGUGUUUUUUUUAUUAGCGUGUUUGCCCAUUUGUACCAACAAGCUGUAAACAUAUACGAGUAAAAAGAGUAUUUCUAUUUGUCA